UAUCGAACCUCCAGAACUAUGUGAAGAUCCUGACAGGUGGAGAUCUGAAACAUGAAUAAUUGGCCAACAAAUGAAUAAAUGCUUGCUCCAGUAUUAAAUUUGUAAAAGGAUAAAACAAAUUUCUGACAAAUGUGAAUAAUAGGCAGAGACUGGCAUCGUUCAAAUACGGGAAAUGUCUUACGAGCGAUAAGCGGAUGGCGGGAACCGUGACGAUAAGUGAUUCAUAUGAUACGUAAAUUACGCGUUGUUGUUCACGCAAGUGUUCUGUAUUACUUCGUCCCGUGGUGACUUCGGUGGUAAUCUGCAAUUCCGGUACCAUGCUAUCGCCAAUUACACUUGAUCUCAGUGACAGCAGCGAAGACGAAGAUCUUCAGCUCUACAAGAAUUCGGCAGUAUGCAGCUCACAACAGCGUCGCGCUGUGGAGGAACAGAAAGGAGGAAAGCAACAACAAAAUGCAGCUCAUCAUGGCAAGAUGCAGACAGGGUCCACUCACCAGCAGAAUUUAAAGAGAAGGAAAGAACAUGUGGAGGUCAGUGUCAGUGAGACAACAGUAUCUGUGAAGGGUCCAAAGACAUCAUCCACUCCAUAUCCUCAUCAAGCAAAGAAAGCUCGAAAGGGCACACAGACUGCAGCAACAAAAAGCAGUCCAGUAAAUGUAGUAACAUCAACACAGUUUCGUGGCAAGAUUGAUUUACAUUUAUCUGUAUCACUUCUUCCAGACACGGUUGAAAGUGAUUCUAUAUCACUCUCCCAGAAGGUUAGCAAGAGUCCACGGAAAUUUGGAAUAGGACGUGGAUCACCAAGCAAACGUCUCAGUAAGAAUUCGCCCCUGCGUUACUUUCGGCAGCCUCCUCUUACCUCAUUUUUUAACAGCAAAGGUCCUCGUCGAGCACUAUUUGACAGCCCACAGAAAGACGGUAAAGCAACAUUUGAGUCAAAAAAGACAGAACACAAUGAAAAGGAGGAAAGAGAUUCCAGUGAUUCCAAAACAGACACCAGCAGUAGCUCAGUGAGCCUAAGCAGUGAAGAAACAAACGAAACAGGGACAUCAAAGGAACAGAGGACUCUGGCCACAGCUGCUUUGGAUAUCAGAGAAAUUAGCAACUCAUCCCCACUGACUGCAACUGAUCGUGCUUUGGACCAAGUGCUCUCGUGUCCUUCUGGUGACUUGUACACAGACAAACUUGUAGGUGUACUUGCACCAAUCUUAAGGCACCCGCACACUGCUCCACUGUUGUCAAAUGAAGAGUGGCGCAUGGUGGUGAGUUACCUCUUGCUGCCACCAUCCAGCCGAACUGCUGUUACCCGACUUCUAGCCCGUCAACCUGGCUGGCACCGUCUCAGUGCCUUAGAACGCUAUGGUUCAGUGAGUGAAUUGCAGGAGAGAUUUGAAGCACCUCAGGAAGAUGGGUUUGUUUCCUUAGACUGCUCCUCAGAAUCUGCCUCAGUGCUGCUGCCUUUAUUGAAGAUGCCAGAAAUAAAAUCAUUAUGCAGUGAAUUCAAUAUUGCAACUUCAGCCAAGAACAAGCCACAGUUGAUCAAUGACCUAUUGAAGCUUCAAGCUAGACAGAAAGGAGUGACAGGGAAAAGUGUUCCUCUUGUCUCCCGCAUUGUACGAGCAUUAGGUCCCUGUGUGAAAGCCAGUGAUAGUUUACGUUCACUUCUGUCACGGCUCUUCUUAAUCACAUCACUUGGUUGUGCAUCAGCUCCUGAAGAUCGAACUCUUGCCUCGAUGGUGUUUCGUGUGACAAAUGUUGAAACUGGUCGUGUAAUUUACCCAAAUUGUGAAGUCAUACGCAAGAGUGUGAUAUUUUCCACUCGGGAACAUUUACUCAGGUAUGAAACUGCAAUCGAGUUACAAAAUGAAUCUAUGGUAGCCAUAGAGAAGAAAGACUGGGCUACAGCAAGAGAGAUUGUUGCUGUUAUAGAAAAUAAUUUUAGGGAGCUCUUGACGGAUGCUAAUGAAAGAGAACAUGUUGAACAGCUCCCAUCUUUUCUGAGAAGGUUUACACCAGGCACUGUAUAUGCCUCCUGCCUGCAGUAUGGUGCUGAGGUUUAUAGAAAAUCUGGAAAGGAACAUUACAAAUCUGCAGUUCAAAUUCUUGAGCUUAUAUUGAGCCAGAAGCUUUAUAGAACUCACCGCAGAGGAAAAUGCUAUGUGGCUUUGGCUUUGUUGCUUCAUCGUCAUGUGCGAGACCAUGCUGCAGCUGCCGAGGUGGUGAUGCGUGGUCUGAGUGAGCCAGUACCAGACUGCUGCACUGCUGCUGAGCAGCUCUCUCUCGUCCGGCGUGCUGUCAUGAUUGCAGACUGUCGCUCGAGCACCCUCCCUGUAGAUGUCAAAAGACGUCUUCGCCUGGCCAUCCUCAAUCCUCAACCUGUCAUGAAGAUUCCUGAGACAUCUGUGAAAGCUCGACAGUUGGGAGGCCAACGUGGUUAUAAGGGAAUUUACAUAAGAGAUGACCAUGCAACCAAUGAAAAACAUUUUUCUUCUGUGGAAGAAAUUGCCAUUGCCCACUACCGAACAGAAGGAUAUACAGAAGGUCUUCAUUGUGAAGGUAGUGUGGUAACUUCACUGUUUGCACUAUUAUUUUGGGACAUUCUUUAUGACACACCAGUACCGGAUGCAUUCCUGUCACCAUAUCAAACAGCUCCACUCGACCUUGGAACUGAAUACUUCUACAGCAGUCGUCAGGAUUUUGUGGAACGCCGGUUAGCUGAAAUUAGAACAUGGGAUCAACCACAUUUGCAGCGUUUUGUAGGGGAACGCUAUGAAGAACAUCGAGACAAACUGUGUCUUGUUAGCUGGAAUUAUUUCUGCAGUGUGAAAAAGUUGACGGGACUUGUGAGAUGCAUGGGAGGACAACUGCUGGCAGUUGUAUGUGAACGACUGGUGAAAAACUUUCAUAGCUGUCGCCGGGGCUUUCCUGAUCUUGUUCUGUGGAUGCCAGCUUCUGGAAAGUGCAAGAUAGUGGAAGUGAAAGGCCCCAAUGACCGUCUGUCUCCAGACCAGGAGGUCUGGCUGGAUUUUCUUUUCCGUGCUGGUGCUGACGUAGAGAUCUGUCAUGUAGAAACAACGGGCUCUAAGAAACUUCAGAAGAAGACAGUUAUCACUGAUGACAAUUCUGACAGUGAAACAGCUUAGCACUGGUUUUAUUAUGAACAUAGCAGUGAAGCAUCUGAUUGCACCAUGCUAAGGUUUAAAAGCACAGCAAUUCAUCAGCAUGCUUGGUUCAUUGUAUACUUAUUAACAUGCACUUUAAUACUACAUACAGUUGUAACAUUAGAGUGCCACAUUAUAUUUGCUUCAGAAAAUAAAAUGUGAAUUUUGACUUACAUUGGUUUUACAACACUGCUUUUCAGUGUCUUCAUAUAUUUUUGUGAGAAGGCUGAAGUGUAUGCAGAUGGAAUGGGUCUUGUGUAACCUGAGAUCUACCAUAAUUUGGAUCUACAAAUUAUAUGUUCUUGUGCCCAUUUGGUGUUUACUCUGAUAAGCAGGCCUUUCACUUACUGUUGCUAGAUUAAAUAAUGUACGUUAAUAACAUAUUUUUGUAUGUCUCCAGCAUUUCUGGUCUCAUGAUGUGAUAAAACUUAUUGCUGUGAUAUGCUCCAUAAGUUUAAUAAGUUUCCAUUUUAUGUUUUCUAAGUUCUUUCUUUAAGACACACUAAUAUUGUGCUCUCCCUCUUUUCAGUGAAUGCUAAUUUUGAGAAAACAUAUUGACAUUUAGCUCUCAUAUAUUCAUAUAUAGUACAAAGUUACCACUUGUAGAGGACAGAUGCAAAAAAUAAAUAAAUUAGUAGAGAGAGAGAGAGAGAGAGAUAUCAUAUUGCUCAUAAUGGAAUUCAGUGUCUUAUCAGAUAUACAUAAGCCAAGUGUAUAUUAUAUUUUGAUCUCUGCAUCCUUUGAGUUAUUAUAAGAGGGUAGAUUUUUUUGCUGUUAUAAGCAAAUACUAGAGUUGAUUACAUAUGGUAUUUGCAUGUAACAUCCAAAAAUAAUGUUAAUGACAUUGCUAUUUUUUACAUUUAUUACUUUAAUAGUUUAAAUGUAUGUUAUUGCUGUUAGAAGUGAUAAUAUUUUAUUAUUGAUUGUUGUUGAAGAAUUACACAAUUUAUGUUUUGAUUUAUGUCUAAAGUAUGCCUAUAUUAAAAAGAUGUAUAUUAAAAUUGCUUUAAAUUAUUCAUGAUAUUGUUUAUAAAGCUUUUUUUGUAAAUAUUUGUAACUGAAGGGUACGGUCCACACUGAUGGUGAUAAAUCAUUUCCUUAAAAUUACUUUUAAUUUCUGUAUUUUGAGCAUUAUUUUUAUUGGACCAUAGCCAUGAUAAAAGCCUUAAAAAUAGUAAUAAACCAUUUUCCAUUGUAAUUCUACUUCUACAGAUGUAAAAUUUUCAACAUGUACUGUCAAAGGAAGACUUAGUGUAGUUGUAGUUUCUAGUGUGGGAAGAGAGAUGAAUGAAUGAAUAACUUAAUUGUAGCUACUGUUCCUGAAUGUAAUGAAGAUGUUUGUAAUCCAUAACUUGACUAUAUCAUGAGUUUAUAGGGAGACAUAACAGUAGCUUACAUGUAACUAUGAGUUGUACUACAUUUAUAGGUAUCAAGGUUCAUUUGCAUGUGUAAAUUUAUAAAUAAACGUUUUUACUUUGUUGUAUAUAUUUUAAUA